CCAAAAUCAUCUUGAUUGUUUAAGGUUUGAUACAAAUCGUAUUUUAUAAAGUGUUUAUAGUUCUUGUUUCUCUUCUGUUAGAUUUGGAUGGCGGUGGUCAGUUUAGAUGAUACUGAGAAGGAAGCGGGUGAAAAGACUCAAAAUACCGAUGAGGAUGAAUGGUACAUUGGAAAAAAGUUUGAUACACAUGAUGAUUUGUUCCGAUCUUAUAAAGCAUAUGCAAAACGUGAAGGAUUUGCAGUUAUAAAAAGAACUAAUCGGAGAAACGAAGUAGGAAUCAUAAGAAGUAUGAUGUAUGUUUGUAACCGAGCAGGAAAUCCUGUUAACAAGACUAAAAAUAUAUCCAAACGUCGCAAGAGCAAUUGUUGUGAUUGCAAGGCUUACAUUACUGCAAGAUUGGAUGAUGAAGACAAAUGGGAGAUUAGUCAACUUAAGCUUGAUCACAAUCAUACGUACGAUCCAAGUCUGUCUCGGCAUUAUCGACAACAUCGUAAAGUUGAACCACAUGUAUUACGUACCAUCGACCUUAAUGACCAAUCAGGAAUUCCAAUGGAAAAGACUUUCCGCUCUGUGGUGAAUCAGUAUGGUGGAUAUGAUAAAGUUGAUUGCAGUGAAAAAGAUUGUAGAAAUGCUCUUGCAGAAAUACGCCGACUACGACUUGGUGAAGGGGAUGCAACUGCUUUGAUGAAAUAUUUUUCCAAGAAGGUAAAAGAGAAUAGUGGGUUUUAUUUCGAAGUUGACUACGAUGAUGAAAAUCAAUUGAGAAACGUAUUUUGGGCUGAUGGUUGGAGUAGAGAAGCGUAUAAAGAAUUUGGCGAGGUCAUUAGUUUUGAUGCCACUUACAUGACAAACGAUUAUGAGAUGCCUUUCACUUCUUUUUUCGGUGUUAAUCACCAUGGACAAUCAAUAUUUCUUGGAUGUGGGUUGCUUUGUAAUGAAACUACAGAAACAUUUGUACGGCUAUUUAAGAAGUGGCUAAAGUGUAUGUUUGGAUGUGCUCCGAGAGAAAUUAUAACUGAUCAGUGUCAAGCCAUGAAGAAUGCGGUUGAAAUUAUUUUCCCGGAAGCUAGGCACAGAUGGUGUCUGUGGCACAUAAUGAAAAAAAUUCCUGAAAAGUUUGGUAGUUACAAACAAGGAGAAAAAAUUGCGUUUGCUUUGCAAGAGGCAGUAUAUGAUUCCCAGACACCAGCUGAGUUUGAAGAAUCAUGGAAGAAAAUGAUCGACAAAUACAAUUUACAGCAAAACACAUGGUUGAGCAAUUUAUACCCUGAGAAAGAACAAUGGCUACCAUGUUUUCUUAAAGACACGUUUUGGGCGGGGAUGGCUUCUACUCAACAUAGGGAAAGCAUAAACGCAUUCUUUAAAGGUUAUGUCAAUUCAAAGACAAAAUUAAAACAGUUUGUUGAACUAUGUGAACAAGCUUUGAGGGCUAAAGUAGAAAAAGAGUUAAAAGAAGAUGCGGAGUCAUGUACAAAGGCAAUUCCUCUUAUUUCUAGCUAUCCUUUUGAAAAACAACUUCGGGAUAUGUAUACCCUUGUGAAGUUUCAAGAGUUCCAGAAAGAAAUUCGUGGGAAGAUUGCAUGUGAAGUGGUUGAUUUUGAUGAGGUGACCGAGGUUCAUAAGUAUGUUAUUCGAGAGGAUAUUUGGCUUGAUAAUGAUUUUUGUAAGAAGGUGAAAUUUAAUGUUACAUUCCGUAAAAUAGAAACGAAUGAUGAUAGCAGUGAAGAGGAGGAUGGUGAUAUCGCUGUUGAAGUUGUAGAUGAUGGUGAAGGCAUGGUUGAUUUAGAGACAGAUAAUGAAAGUGAAACAGAUGACAAUGAAACAAAUGGAAGUGAAACCGAAAGCAGCGGCACAGAUGAUAGUGAAAAGGAGGAAUGUGUGUUUGAUAAAAGGACAGACGAAACAGAAGCAACUAAAGCUAAAAAAAGAAAAAAAUUAGUUGAUUUCGAUAUUCAUUGUAGCUGCCAAAUGUUUGAGUCUAGGGGAAUACUUUGUAAGCAUGUAAUUGUGGUACUAAUGCGUAAUGGGAUUCGCCUUAUUCCUGAAAAAUACAUCUUACGCAGGUGGAGAAAAAACGUAACAAGACCGCAUACAAAAUUGAAAGUGAGUUUUAGCUGUUGGGAGUUGAACGAGCAAAGUCUGCGUUACAAUCAAAUGUGUCUGAAGUUCAGCGUUUUAGCGGAUUUGGCUUCUGUCAAUGAUAAAGAAAGUAAAGUUGUUAACGAAUGGUUGGACAAUAGGACCGAGGAGCUCAAAGCCAAGUCAAUAGAACUCGAAAAGAUUAAAAUAAAUGCUGAGGAUCAAGGGGAUACAUCAGCUCCUAGUUAUGGCGAUCCAUCGAAAAAGAAACGUAGAGGAAGAAAGAGAACUAAAAGACUCAAAUCCAAGAGAUCAUGGAAAAGGACCAAAAGAAAUCCUUCUACAAAGCCUAGCCAGGAGAGUGUUACAACUCCAACACCAUCAAAUCCUCAUGAUAUUUCACAUCAGCAACAUACAGAAGCUACUCGCGGUUGAGGUACUCGUGGCCGAGGUCGAGGCCGGGGAACUCGAGGUACGGCGACUCGAGGUCGAGGUCGAGGUCGGGGAACUCAUGGAUAUAUGAAUGCCCCUCAAGUGAGCAACAAUACUUCUAGCUUUUCUAUUGUUGGCAUGUACAUGCAUGUUCCUGCCGAAGCACCAUUUAUCAACCCUGCAUGUGUGAGUAGUUGGAAUUCACCUCACUGUUGUGCUUCAAUUUGUUAUUAUUUUCUUUUUCCUUUUAGUCUCCCCUCUAACCAUUAUGUUUUUUUAAUUAUUGUAAAGCCAAAUAUGU